AUCGCAGUCCUGGCAUUACCGAGCAAAUGCUAAAGGAGCAGCUUUAUCCUGACCUGCCGCAGCAAGAUUUCAGAGCUCUGCUCGAGAAAAUGGCGGGGAUGAUGCGGCCCAAGCCACUUAAAUGGUGCUGAACAUUGUCCAUUCCUUGAUGAACAUCCCUAUUUUUGAACUGAUGGUGGACCAAGGGUCAUUGAUGGAGCCCCUGAAGGUCGUUGGGUCUACAAAAGUAUCCUGAAGAACCCCUGCAGAGGUGACUGAUCUCCAACAACUGCAACUACCUUCCUAGGUGCCAGAUUACAAACUUAAUCACCCAGUUUUGAAUCUGCAUGAGAUGACAGCUCUGUCCAAAUAUUUCGGUUGGAAGAAAUGUAAAAGUGUUCAUUUAAACAUUCCUGUUGAAACAUUUUGUGGCAAACUCAAUAGCGUCUGCAGACAUGGAUUUCAACCAGCUAGAAGCCUUCUUGACAGCACAGACCAAGAAACAGAAAGGAAUUACAGUGGAGCAGGCAACCAUUUUAACAAACUUUUGGAAAACUCAUAAAGUUAAAAUCCGGGAAAGUCUUAUUCAUCAGAGCAAGUGGGAGAACUGCCUGAGGAAUUUGAGUUGGAGAGUUGACCUGAAGUCUCAGUCCAGACAUUUAGAUCAAAUAAACACACCAGUUGCUAUUGUGGAGUUUGAACUUGGUAAGGAUGAUCAGGAAUCGGAAUUUCUCUGCUUGGAGUUGAAUGAGACCGAAGUGAACCAGCUUCUGAACAAACUAACAGAAAUUGAAAAAAGUAUCAGUGCUCUAAGUUACAUCAGCUGACAUCGAUGGAGAUAAUGAAACUGAAUAGAUGGUAGUAGCAACACAAAUAGGAGUACUAAAUAUCACAUGGAAUUAUGGAAUAUAUGCAUUACCAAGAUUAGUUGGAACUGCAGUGCAAUUCUGAGUUUACUUAAUGACAACCUUUUAUCUACACACAGGCCUAAAAGUAACAAUGUGCGCCUCUCAAAUUCCUUCCUUGCCAUCUGGUAUGUUUGUUAUUAAUUGUGCUGAAGAUAUAGCUUUUCAUUAGUUUUUGUUACCUAAACCCUUCAGAAAACACCAGCUAGUUUGGUAUCUUCCUUAGAAUGUAAGUUUGCAUUCAGCUGGGUUGGAAAUGUGAGCUAUCUUUCCCACCUCUGUUGUAAAGAGGCUGAAGUUAAAUUAAGUUGGACAGCCUGAACAGCCCAUUUCCUUACGAAGCCUUGUAGGCAACGUUUAUGUUAUUUGGAAAGUUUUCUCAGAUUAACAGGAUUUUAAGGGUGGUAUACUGGGAUUAAUAUUGAGGUAAUAUUUUUGAUGUUUAACUGGUCCAAGCUGUGGCCUGUUUGAUGUUCAGUCAAGUUGAUAAAUGACUUCUCUCCCUUGAUUCUGGUCUCUGGGAAUACAGUAUUGCAUGUUGUUGACCACACAUGAGGCUGUACUCGGGGGUUUUGAUGUGACUGGUACAAGAGUACAAAACAUUCUUCAUUACGGGGUCACGAUAAUAAAGGAAAGUUAUUUUGCUGUAAGAAUAUACAACUUUCAUGCUUUGUGGGUUACUUCAGAAAAAAUGUUCUGUAUGCUGUAUUUGUAUAACUCAAUUGUUCUGCAAUGAGUUGAAUAAAUUAACUGAAAACACAAUAAUCUUAACUGUAUUGCUAAUUAUCACCCCAGCUGGGGUUACCAGGAUGGACUCUCCUUCUCGAUCUCAUCCCUUGACUGAGGCAUGGUAUCUCUCUCGUUCAACCGCCUCCGGUCGCCUGUCUCUCUCGUUCAACCGCCUCCGGUCGCCUGUCUCUCUCGUUCAACCGCCUCCGGUCGCCUGUCUCUCUCGUUCAACC